GGCAGCGGCCUCAGCGACUCGGAGAGUGCAGAUUCGCUGUACAGGAAUAGUUUCAGCUUAAGUGAUGAAAAACUGAAUUCUCCAACCGCAUCUACUCCAACUUUGCCAUCUCCUUCAGUUACUCCCUGUAAAGCAAAGCUUGGAGAUACAAAAGAACUGGAAGAUUUUAUUGCUGAUCUUGACAGGACACUAGCAAGACCCAAAACAGAUUUGGGUCUUGUUAAACGCAAGCUAAGGUCUCAAUUUUCUGCACUGAUAAGAAAGCUAAACCCUGAUAAACUGGAUAGAUGUGAAUGCUUCUGA